UCCCUUUUCGUGUUGGUCUUGGAAGUCGUUGGCUAAAGUUAGAGGACCUCGUAAAACUCCCUAUGCAGUCAACAGGCAUCACGUCAUCGCCUCAAAAUACCAGUCUGUCGAAGCUAUGAGGAAAAACUACGUUUCCCACAAACCAAUCUGCGUUUUGCCAUUGGUGGUGGCACAGGUGACUGCAGACGCUCCGAGUUGUCACAACAUCUCGACGGACAAAACGAAAACAAAUUAGCCUCCGAAGUGCCCGUGGUGGUACACGCUGUAGCAGUCUGGUGGAAAUACAGAGAAACUUGAAACUCUUAAGAGUUGUUUUCCUUUUGAGCACGACUUCUUUUCCCGAUAGUGCCUGGCAGGAUUGGUAUUAUUAGAGCGCAUGAGAGAAGUGGGCACGCACUUUUUCGGGACCUGACUUCUUUACUGCGUUCUGUCUGACCUUCAGAGCGGACAGAGCAGAAGUGAUGCAGCACACACAAGCAGAGGCCGUCCCAAUGUGUGCACAGUAAAUACACCUUUUAAAAUCUGAACCACAACACGGAGAGCGGGCUUGCUGAGUCCCGACACCGACGAAGGGCUGGUGCAGACCUGACGGCAGAGAGGCUGGGACGCACAUCAAAGCGCGCUGGCUGUCUCGACGAGGAAGACACCAAAAGCUAUCAGGCCCAGCUCCAAAAGGCGGAACGCUAAACAACACAGCAGCUGGAUUGAAAUCCACUUUCUUCAGCAUCCAGACAUGUAGUCAGCAGCAUAAGCAGAGCGUACUUCCUCUUGUGAACUCUUUUUCCUCUCAAACAGCUUCCUCUGCCUUUUCGGGCUGGACUGCGGAGCAUUGACGUCGGCUCGCCCUCCCCUGCCCCCUCGCCCCCCAGCAAUGGCCUCACGCAUUGGCCUGCGGAUGCAGCUGAUGCGAGACCAGCUGCAGCAAGAGGAGGAGCGUGCGAGGCAGAUGAUACAGCAGCAGCAGCAGAAUGCAGUGCAAUACAUGCAUAAUUGCAUGGCUGGGCCACCUGCACCUACCCCAGCCAUUAGCACCCCGCAGCAUCAACAAAGCAUGCAGGUCCCCGUGGAGGUUCUUAAGGUAGAGACCCACCUUGAGAAUCCUACCGACUACCACAUCCGUCAGUCUCGGAGGCAACAGGUGAAAGAUUACCUGAUUACCUACGCUACCAAACAGACAGUCCAUGCAGUAUUAGGGCCGGUGCCGCCCUCUCCUCCCACAAACAUGGGACCUACAGGGGGUUCGGCGUCUGCCCCCCCACCCCUUCACUCCCCACACUUUCACACUGAGCCCCUCAUGUCUGGAAACAGCGCCCCAAACAGCCCCAUGGCCAUGCUCAACAUCGGCUCCAGUCACGAGACAGAGAUGGAUGACGUCAUUGAUGACAUCCUCAGCAUGCAGCCCAACUACGACGAGACAUACAUCCAGAUGCCAAACACAGAGUCCAUACAGUUUUACACAACAUCUAAAGUGCAAGAGUUAGGAGACCACUCCACAGGUGUGAGUUCAGGAGCUGGAGAAGGCAGAGAAGAGAAACAAGCCAUAAAGAGAGAUAAGCUUCCCCUGUCAAGCAGUCACCUGGAUGUGUAUACAGGUCCGGGGAUGAAGGGUCCAGCCGUUGCUAUGACCAGCAACUCCUGUCCUGCCAACCUGACGGUCAAAAGAGAACUGUCAGACGCAGAAGCCCGUGCGCUGGCCAAGGAGAGACAGAAGAAAGACAACCACAAUCUGAUUGAAAGGAGGAGGAGAUUCAACAUCAAUGAUCGUAUCAAAGAGCUGGGCACCAUGAUCCCCAAAACCAAUGACCUUGAUGUGCGCUGGAACAAAGGCACUAUACUGCGGGCGUCUGUGGAGUACAUCAAACGCAUGCAGAAGGAUGCACAUAGGUCAAGAGAGGUGGAGAACAACUUCAAAAGGAUGGAGAUGGCAAACAAACAACUGAUGCUACGCAUCCAGGAGUUGGAGAUGCAGGCUCGUAUACAUGGCCUGCCCAGCAACUCUCCUUCUGCCCUGAACCCGCCUGACCUGAUGGCUUCGUACGUAAAGCAAGAGACCAGCCCAGAAGAGAACCUCUCACACCCUCUGGCACACGCCCAACACCAGCCCCAGCACUUACCCCAGAACCAGGGUCAUCCCCAGGCCCAGCAGCACCACUUCCUCCCGCAAACCCACCUCCACCCCCAGGGCCAAGUUCAGCAACAGCACAGGCAGCUGCCCCCGCUCCCCCAACAUCUGCAGCAGCCCCAGCCACCCAUCCAGUACCCUGCUGUAGGCAGCUCCCAGCCCUUUGACUUUACCCAGUCGCUGGACUUGUGUGAUGGGAUACCCGGCUUCUCAGACGGCAUGUCGGGGCUAGGCGACCUGGGCGGACUGGACGUCCAGGGGACGAGAGGCGAGAUGGGCUUCCUGAUGAUGGACGAGCCCUUGUCCCCCAUGGGAGGAGACCCACUGCUCUCUGCGAUGUCACCUGAAGCCUCGGUCGACUCCAGCCGCAGAUCCAGCUUCAGCAUAGAUGAUGGAGACAUACUGUAGACACAGGUUUCAGUAAAAAAUUCUUCAGCACAACACAUUUACAGCACAUAGGGCAGAGAGGAAUCUGCCACCAGAAAUUACAUCAUUCACCCAGCACACACACACACACACACACACACAUAUAUAUAUAUAUAUAUAUAUAUAUAUAUAUAUAUAUAUAUAUACAUGACACAAUUUGAACAUACACCGAUGACACUCAUUUGUGGUACAAUUAUUUCCCCUUAACGACACGAGCAAAAGAAGGUACACGGCCCUCACACAGUUGAAAAUAUUCUGUAUAGUGCAAACAUUUGCACGCACACACACACGCGCAUGUGAGAUAAACUGUGCAGCUUGAAACUUUGCCCAACAGAGCAUUUACAAGGGGUGAACCAACGCUGCCAGGUCAGGAGUUAUACAGUGUAGCACACGUGGCCUUGUUUCCAUAAAGGUGACUCUGAAUCAUAAUUGAACCAGGGACAAAACCAGCAGUUAAUUAGAUUGACGUUAUCAGAUACAAGGACAACCAAGUGCAUUGUCUCACUUGAUAGAGGACAAGUUAUUUUCUCCUUACAUCAACCUCUUUUAGUAACCAUAAAUGAUUGAGUAAGCAAUAGUGAAUAAAAUGGAAAUAGCUUCAUGGUCCUGCAUGCAUAAUUGAUCUUAAGGGGAUGCAGUCCAGUCACAUUGUUCUCUUCCACCAUCUGUUAUUCCAGUGUCGGUUUUAGACUCUAGCACAAGCUGUUUGGUGUUUGACAACGAUCUGCGUUAGCCUGCUAAGCUGAAAUGUAUUCUUCAAGUGUCCACAUUUUAGGAAACAUUUUAAAACUCACUGGAGGAGGCAGAUAAUUCAGCAUUCAGCAAAGCCCCUUUUAAUUUAUUGCAUAUACCCCACUUCUAGCUGUAGUUGUGGUCUUCUCACAAAUGCAUACACAUGCAAACACACACUGCUGUCCCCCAGUUUCUACACCUUUCAACACUUGACACUGCCAUGACCUUUGUAGAGUAGAGAAUAGUAGAGUAGAGUAGAGAAAACAUUUGGAUGGUCUCCAGAAUACAGCGUGUCGUCCACAACUGUGAGGUGUCAAAAUACUCAGGUACUGUAACAGAAUACACAAGCCGGAUCAUUUUUAAGCAGUAGCAGAUGUUAAAGUGAACUGUGUCCGGCUCACGACCCCUAUCAAUGUGCCUUUUCAUUUUCGCAGCUGCUGCUCUUCAAAGACGUGUUUUUAUAGGUUGGAGAUCCUAACCAGAGUUUAGAUUUUAAUAUCAACUUCAAUUAUGCCUGUAAAUGCUUUAGAUUUUUCUUCUGUACCAUCUAUACCUUUGUUGUUGCAGGAGAUAAACGUUUAAUUUUUCUCUCACUAAUUGAAUUUGUAAUGGCCCAGCUUGCGUGAGAGGCCCAGGUGAAGGAAAUAUUUGGUGACAGGGUUUAAUACUGUAGAGAGAAAGAGUUAGUUUGUCAUAGCUGGCAGCAUACGUAGCGUAGUCGUCGCUGUAAAAGCACACACUUGCAUGCAUUCACGCUGUCACUCGGUUGACAAACAGGCACGCAUUAAACGUGAUGCUCACCUAGUACACACACACACACACACACACAUAUGCAUGCAUGAUGAACACAUACAAAAAAUAAAAACAGUGCAGCCGUGAGGCUGUUUUCAAAUCAGCUUGUGAACAAGUCUCCUGUGCUUCAGUCUCUCCCCCGGACGAGCUGAGUGAAGCUGCCAGCUGCAGAGGUGAAACUCAGGUCUGCUGUCCAAAGUGCCACCUAAUGGAAAUCUGCUAUCCUACUGGUUACAGCGGUCACGCCGAUGGUUGGGGAAGGCUGAGUUGGACCUGACUUGUAUCUCUGCUGUGGUAGACCUGGGGCUUGGCUGUGAUUUGAUAUAGCUUAUGAUCAGUACUGAUAAAAGUAGGAAAAAAAACAAAAAACAUUGAUGGUCAUCACGUGAUUUUUUUUUUUUUUUUUUUUUGAUUAAAAGAAGUGUUUGUUCUUUAUUAUUAUUAUUAUAGUUUGUUGUUUAUUAUUAUAUCUCCCAAAGCACUGGAAACUAUAUUGUUGUUUUGACUUUGUACAUGGAAUUUAUUUCAGAUGUUAUAUGCCACUAAGCCACUUAAAUGUAUUUUAUUUGUAUUUGUUUUAGUUCUAUUUCAAUUUUAUUCCAAAACUACCCUUUUUUUCCUCAGAGCCAUUUUCAGUAUGCACACUGUAAAGGCACAUUUGCUACCAAUGUUUUAUUGGAGAAGGAGUAAGUUGCCGUUUAGAAACUUCCAGAUUUCAACUGACUUUAUGAAGAGGUUGUGUACAUUUAUGAUGCCAUUUUUAUAUGAUUGGGUUUUUAUUUUUAUCUCUAUUUUAAUUUUUUUUGGAGCCAAACAGAAACUUGAUCAUUUGAUUUGAUUGAUUUCAAAUUGCUCAUUGUAUGAAUGUAAGCUUUACUACUGGUUCUGGUCGGUUCCUCCCUGACUUUGGUUUCCAUGGAGAGUGGAAGACGACUUCACAUAAACUCUGAGACAGGAGUUGUGGUUGCCAUGGCGUGGUAUCACUGGCUCUGCGUUGGUCUCUGUCGGUCUGCCAGAGUUGUGCCUUUUCCCUAUCAGCCACAGUUUCACUUAUGUUGUACUUUCACCCAGCCAACACUCCAAAGAGCUGCUCAGGCCUCAUCUACUCUUCCACUAGAGGGCGCUCUGCAGGCAAACUACACAGGGAAAAGUGGUUCUGAUUUUACUGAGAAUAUAAAAUGUUUUACCAGAAUCCAU